AUGUCGUCUUCUUCUUCGUCUCACGUACAUGUAUGCCAUGUUUGGGCUGCAAACCUGGAGGAGGAGUUUCGUCACAUCGACAAGUGUCUGCAUCCCGAUUGCCGCCAGUUCACCUUCGUUUCGAUGGACACCGAAUUUCCGGGGACAAUUUACAAUCCCGAAGGGGUGCCACCAUACAUGCGCGCCCCAGAGGAGUUCUAUUCCAACAUCAAGCAAAACGUGGAUGCACUGAAACUCAUCCAGUUGGGCCUCACAAUAUUCGACAGGUACGGGAAUCUACCCCGUUCGGCGGAAACCGGUCAGGAGCAAAUUUGGGAAUUCAACUUUCAGUUCGAUUCCGCCAUCGACCCCCAUAACAAGGAAUCCCAUAACAAGGAAUCCAUGUCCCUACUCGAAAAACAAGGGAUCAAUUUGUCGCGGAACAAGAAAUACGGGAUCGACCCGCGCGAGUUCGCCAUGCAGUUCAAGUGCUCGGAGCUGGGGCGGCGGUCGUAUUAUGGCAGGGUGGUUUGGAUCACCUUCCACGGGCUGUACGAUUUCGCGUACUUGACUAAGAUUCUGAACGGUGGGGAAUUAUUGUUGCCGGAUGAUUUAGAUGAGUUUAUGAGGCACGUGUGGAAGUAUUUCAAAGGGAAUGUGUACGAUUUGAAGAGCAUGAUUCUGUUCGUCGGACUUCACGGGGGUUUGGAAAAGGUAGCUCGGAGUUUGAACGUGAAGAGGGUCGUUGGAAAAAGACACCAGGCAGGCUCCGACAGCUUGCUGACGAUGCAUGCGUUUUUUGGGUUGAUGAGGAGUUGUUUGGAGAAGGGGGGUCGUGACCCCCGCGGUGUGAACUUGAUGGUCGCUGGAAGAACCGGUUUGGAGAUGAUGCAGACAUUAUUCGGGUUGUUCGGGUUGAUGAAGAGGAAUAGCUGCUCCGGUUCGGACGGGUUGCUGAUGAUGCAGACGUUAUUCGGGUUGGAUGCUCGUCCCGUCUUUUGA